AUGUCUCUGCCAUCGCAGACGCCGCCACCAUCAGUGCACAAAACCCUUCCCACGUCUUUCUCUGAUUUCAUCUUCUCCGCUUUCUCUCUCUUCAACCUCUACUCCUCUACGCCUAACCCAUCUUCCAGUUAUAAUCAUCAUCGCCGUUUCUCUAAGCUUCCUAUUAACCCGUUAACUAAGAAUGCCGUGAUCAACCAGCAUCACUUUUCCACCCCGCAAUCCCUCUCCGAUUGGCUCCGCCCCCGUCUUCCCUCCGAUUCAUUCGCCGCUUGGGGAACCAGACCCGGCACCAAGAACAUCCACAACCUAUGGAUGGAGCUCUACGAGGGAGAAACUUCUCUCGCCGACUCUACCCCCCCUGUUCGUACGGUGGAAGUGGUCGUGGUUCGCGUGAGGGAUGAUAGAGAUAGAGUCUUGAUCGAAUCCCACCAAGAACUGUCAAACGGCCAUGUUAGAAACCGGUCGAGACCGCUAUCUGAGAAAAUGAAGCCUGGGGAGACGGUAGAAGAAGCUGUUGCCAGAGCGGUGAAGGAAGAACUAGGUUCGAUUAUAAACGGUUCUUGUGAAGAUGAGAUUGUGGAAAUUAUACCUGGUUCUUAUUCGAGUAAGAUGGAGGAAAAGCUUUCUGUAUCAUACCCUGGAUUGCCAGCUUGCUAUGUUUUACAUACUGUAGAUGCUCUGGUUCAUGGUUUGCCAGAUUGUGAAUUUUGCACCAUAGAAGAGGAGAACAAUGAAAUUUUCGAUGGCAUGGAAGUGGCUGAAGGAGCAGUUUCGUGUAAGAAACACUACUGGAAAUGGGUUGAUUCUAAUUAA